AUGGAUGAACUUAUAUUUUUCAGAGGAAUGGCUCCUGAUCGAAACUCAUUUGAUCGAGUGUUCAAGUUUGUGAUACUGGGAGGAAAGUCGGUUGGAAAGAAAACCCUGCUCAGAUCGUUUUGCACAGAAGGAGACGAUGAAAGCAUUUGGACAACUUUAACAGUAGAUGAAGAGAAAGUAUUGAUUGAAGCAACUGUCACUCAGAAAUGGGAAGAAGGAAUGUCCCAAGAAAAUGAUGCAAUUGCUCUAGUAUUUUCUACUACCGAUGUCUAUAGUUUCGAGUACACUCUCGAAUUGUAUAAUGAGAUUCAGAAGACAACAGAACGAAUUCCAUUGGUUUUCAUUGAAAACAAAAUGGACAUUGUGGAGAAUAGUCAGAUGGAAAAAUCUUUAGUUGAGGGAGAGAUGAGGAAGAAACACAAACGAUUGUAUAGAGUAUCCGCAGAGAAAGAGUUCAAUGUGAUGCAUCCAUUUGCGUAUUUGAUUGAGAAGCUUACGAGACAAAAGAAAGAUGUGAACGCAAAUGAAAGAAAACAGUCUUCGUCUGUAGCUUCAUCAACAGCAUCUCCACCAUCUUCCACUGAAGCUUGGGGCGAACCGAAUGCAGCCGAUUCUAAUGCUCUUUCUACGAAUAAAAAAUGCAUCUUGAUGUAG